UGCUGGUGUUUCGGCAACUGUAACACGUGUUUUUCAGUGCUAAAAUGGCAGUGACGAAGAAACCUGUUGCUAAAAAAGCCCAACUUCACCAGAGAACUGGUAAGAAGGGAGUCAAAGGCGGUAAAAUCAGAGGAAAAGGGCAGAGGAGGAAAAUAAAUCUUAAGUUUACUAUUGACUGCACACACCCCGCAGAAGACAGUAUUCUCGACGUUGCAAAUUUUGAAAAGUAUUUAAAAGAACGUGUUAAGGUUGAAGGCAAGACAAAUAACCUAGGAAAUCACGUUGUUAUCGCUCGUGACAAGACAAAAGUCGCAAUUAAUUCAGACAUUCCUUUCUCCAAGAGGUACCUGAAAUAUUUAACAAAGCGGUACCUCAAGAAAAACAACCUCCGUGACUGGCUGAGAGUGGUAGCAUCUACACAUGACUCCUAUGAGUUGAGGUACUUCAACAUCAAUGCUGACAGUGACAAUGAAGAUAAUGAGGAAUAACCUGUUGUUAAAUAAAUAAUUCCUCAUCCA